GACUGUGUGCACCAACUAACCAGCUCUGGAGGGCGUGUUGCUCACUGCGUCUACUCUGCACACGGACCUUUACUCACACACACACACACACACACACACUGCUCUGUCUGGACAACUUUACACUAAACUUUUCACAGAUGGAAGUGGCGGAAGCUCUCAAGUAAGGUGCCAGCUUGUGAAAACUGUGGUGCACUUGCAUGAUAUCCUGCUGUUCUGUUUACCAAACUCCUAAACCCAGGUGGAUUGCUUUGCGCAUGCGCUAAUCACUCAGAGGGAUGGAGGGGGAGCGGGUUGACUCUUCUCUUGACUUGAGUCACCUGACAGAAGAGGAGCAGUCCACCAUCCUGGAGGUGUUACAGCGUGACAUGAAUCUGCGUGAUCGCGAUGAAGGACGUGUAAGGCUCCUCCAGGAGAAAGAGAGAGAUCCAACACGUUUGCGCUUCCUGUCGGGAGCGUGGUUCAGCGAGGAGUGUGGAAAACGCCAUCGCAACUGGAUGUCCGGCAGCUCGCUCGUCCACGCCACCAUACGCCACAGGAAGACCAAGAACAGAGAUGUGCCCCUGAUUGAACUGUUCAAUGGAGAGAGAGAAAAAACCUCCCACAACAAUAACACCUCUCCUGAGGCAGAGAGAAGGCUGACGGACAGCAAAGAAGAGGAGAGUGAAGGGAGUCAAGGGAGUUUAAAACCUGUACCCACACCCAGAACACAACGUCCUGUAGCGCAGGGUGUCGUGCAUAGAAACAGUUCCUCGUCAUCCAGAGAGUGCGAAAUGAGAAGUAAUGGCCACUUAGAGGAACCUGAGGAUGACUUAGACGGUCACACCGCGGACACUGACUCUGUGAGCAGCUGCCUGACAGAGCCGGAUCCAGCCUCUCUGAAAACCAGCAGCUCCACCGGCAGCCUUCAUUCGGGCUACACGCUCAGUGGAAGCAUGAUGAGUCUGUUCAGCUCAGGGGAUUUUGGAAUGGUGGAGGUGAGGGGCCGUAUCCAAUUCUCAUUGGUUUACGACACCCAGAAGGAGGAGCUGCUAGUCAAAGUGUAUCGCUGCGAGGACAUUGCUUCAGCACGCAAUAAUCGCUCCGAUCCAUAUGUUAAAACCUAUCUCUUGCCGGACAAGUCGAGUCACAGCAAGAAGAAAACUGCAGUGAAGAAGAAGACACUAAACCCCGUCUACGAUCAGACGCUCCGAUAUAAAGUGCGGAUCGGAGAGCUGCGGAGCCGGACCUUGAACCUGUCUGUGUGGCACGCCGAGGCCCUGGGCAGGAACGUGUUCCUGGGGGAGGUAGAGGUUUCUCUGAGCCACUGGGACUGGAACUGCUCGCUGCCACUGUGGCAGGACCUGCAGCCACGGGUUAAUUUGACUCCAGAGUCCAUUAGCAGUCGUGGGACCGUCUUGCUCUCUAUUAAAUUUAUCCCAGACGGAUUCGAGGGAAGUGGACUGCCUCUGACAGGAGAGCUUCACAUCUGGCUUCGGGAGGCUCAAGGUCUCCUGGCCAACAAAGGGGGCGCUAUGGACUCCUUUAUCAGAUGCUACAUACUCCCAGACGCCAGUCGGCAGAGUGGUCAGAAGACGCGGGUGGUGAAGCGCUCCGUCAGCCCUACCUACAACCACACCAUGGUGUACGAUGGCUUCCACUCCAGCGACCUGAAAGAGGCCUGCGCCGAGCUGACGGUCUGGCAGCGCGAAGGGUUAAAGCCGCAGGCCCUCGGAGGGAUUCGUCUGAGCUAUGGAACUGGUCAGAGUUAUGGGGAGGAUGUCAGCUGGAUGGACUCCACAGAGGAGGAGGUCGCCGUGUGGACCUCCAUGAUCGAAAACCCAAACCGCUGGGUCGACGCAACACUAUCAAUCAGAACUAACCUUGCACACCGGUCAUAGUGACUCAGACACACCUUGCACAUAAGCACAUGUUCAAAUAAUGGUUGGACUGAAGGAAGGCCCUGAGCACAUUUAACCUCUCUGUCACAAUUUCUGUUUUUCAUACAUACAAACACACACAGGAGUCAGUAGUUGUGCAAUAUUGUGAAUUAAUGGCGUAGAUCAGAAAUAUUUGUAAUCUGUCUGCAUUUCAAAUUGUGUGUUUUUGGUUCAGUCUGUGUCUUAUCUGACAAAAGUGUUGUAAUCCAUUGUAGUUUAUUAAUUAAAUAUCAAACCUCAACUGAUGAA